AUCGAUCAAUACAUGCAUACGUUUAUAUAUAGUAGUAGUGUAGUAGCUACUGAUGAGUCCCGUUUCAUUUGAGCUAGUAGCUAGCUAGCUUAUACACACACACACAGAGUAUAGUGAUCAUAGCUAGCUAGCUAGGCAUGGGUGAUCAUCAUGAUGAGGAGGAGAAGGGAAAAGACAAUAAAGCAGCAGCAUCAUCAUCUUGGCAAGCCCGGCGCCAUUUGAUCGUGCUGGCAGCUCUGGGGGGAACCGUGGCCGCGACCGCCGUGGUGAUAACCGUGUCCGUCAUCCUCCGGCCGGUGCACGUCGAGUUCGCGGUGGCGAGAGCGACGCAGCAGAAGAUCGCCAUCGGCAGCAACGACACGGGCAUCUACCUGAACCUGACCGUCACCGCCAGGAGCACCACCAGCCGCGCCAUGGUGCAGUACCGGAAGGUGUUCGUGGACCUGGUGGCGAAGACGAUACAGAAAGACAAGAUGCAGCUGCAGAUGUACCGCGCCCCGCUCCAGACGCCGCUGCCCGGCAACGGCACGUCGUACGUGCCGGCCGCCGCCGCGACGCAGCGGGCGAGCAUCAAGGCGUCGCUGCUCCUGGUGGGGGACAGCCUCAACACAAAGUCGAACCUCCUCGCCUCCCAGCUCAUCAGCACAACACCUUCCAUCAACGUUGUCGUCACCGCGCAGGUGUCCUUCAAAAUCGGCGUCGUCUACAGCAGGGUGUACGACAUCGCCGUGCGCUGCCCUCGCGUCGUCUUCCUCCCCGUCAACCAGCCGCCGCCUCAUCCACCGCCCAUCUGCACCGGCUGACGUACUAGGACAUGAUGGGGAAAAAAACGCCAAUUUAUAUAUUCUUCUUCGCAGCCAAAAAGUUUCAUGAAUGUUUUGUUUUCUUAAAUAAAAUAAAUCAUACCGUUGAUUUAUUAUUAUUAUUAUUAUUAUUAUUAUUAUUAUUAUUAUUAUUAUUAUUAUUAUUAUUAUUAUUAUUAUUAUGUCUGAUCAUUCGUCUUACUAAAAAGUUAUAUUAUACGAACUUUUCUAUUUAAUCUUGUCGUGACUUGUAGUAUACUUUUGAAUAUUUUUACAACAGGGCUGCCAGAUGCAUGCACUACAUGUUUUAUUACCUAUGCAAUCUUGCCUCAAAUCAUGUACAACUGGUUUAAUUGGCAAUGUAUCUCGUAAUAAUUAAUCUCCUUCCACAUAUAUUAUAUCGUGUAAAUAUAAUAUAGCUAUUGAGUUAAUGAGU